AUGGAACUUGGAGCAUCGGUCAGCGACGAGUCGGGAGAACAUUCCGUCAGCGUCCCGGCGCAAACGCUGCACGUCGCCAUCGAGGGGAGCGAGAUUCUGCACUUCUCUCCCGGCCUGUUCGAUGGCCUCGUCGGCACCGCGUUCCUGACACUAAAAAACGGCUUUAUUCCCGCCGUAACGUUCCGAUCGGACGGGCUGAACUCUCUGCGCAUCGACCAUACGGAGCUGCGCGAAUUUACGGUCCGCCCGGUCGAGAAUCGCAACCUCAAUACGCUGAUCAUCAGCGGCAAUCCGUUGCGGGCACUUUCGCCCACCAUCCGCCACCUAACGGGCCUCUCGAUU